AUGGACAUAAAGAUCUUCCCUCAUCCCAAAUGCAGCCACUUCUACUGCUUAGCCAUACUUCCCAUAGCUUCCAGCUGCUGCACUGAAGUUUCCCAUCAUAUUUCCAGAAGGCUUCUGGAAAGAGUGAAUUCAUGCAGCAUCCAGAGGGCUGACGGGGACUGUGACUUGGCUGCCGUCAUCCUCCAUGUUAAACGCAGAAGGAUCUGCGUCAGCCCACACAAUCGGACUUUGAAGCAUUGGAUGAGAGCUUCUGAGGUGAAGAAGAAUGGCAAAGAAAACCCCUGCCAUAAGAAGUUGCACAGCAGGAGGGACAGAAAGAGUCACACCCCGAGAAAUCAUGGAUAACAGGGCCACAAAGCUCCUCGUAAAGCAAACAUGUGACACUACAGAGAUAACUCCACAAGUGAACUGGCUCAUAGUUGGUCAAAAGUUUGUCACCUGACACUUGUUUAUUGACACCCAAUGGUGUUUUGUUUUGUUUUUGUUGAUAAAUAGCUGCUGCUAAGGGUUUAUGUUAAGUAGGGGGGGAGGACAGUCAGCAAAAGCAAAGAACAAACAAAAUGUGUACAAGUGACCAGUAAUAUACUUAACUGCAAAUACAAACUUAAUACAAAUUUAAGCUCUCCAGUCCCACAGAGGAGCUGAAGGAAUGGUACAAGGUUUAUGUACACACCUGACACCUACAUUAGUCACUGUUAUAUUUGCUCUCUCUUCUCUGUGUGUGUGUGCACAGUACAUAAGUAUACCAGCUUUUCCACUAAACCAUCUGAAAAGUUGCAAAAAAAUCAUGACCUUUGUCUAGUCCACUUCCUGUUACUAAAACAACAUUUCUGAUUAGGUAACUUCUAAAGAAUACAAGUUUAUUUGCCUGAGUUUCCUGAGAUGGGGAAGCCCAAGAACUCUACACUAACAUCUGGUUAGCAUCUGGGAGGAGCUUCUCAAUGAACCUUAAAGUGACAGAGGACAGAAUGUGACAAGAUGGCCCAGUAUGCUAACUCAGAUCCUCUUUCUUUUCUUAUAAAGUCACUAACAACAUCAAAGAGGCUACACCCAUGCAGCCUCAUUUAACCUCAGCUACACCCAACGGCCCAUCUCCAAAUGCCAACAACACAUGGGUUUAAGAAUCAAGUUCCAAUACAUAAAUCUGGAGAACACAUGCAAGCCAUGGCAACACUUCAGCCCUAAUUUCUUUCUAGAAUUAUCACUUGAUAUCACCCAAGAAUAAACAAUUUUUCUAAAUAAUUAAGCUAGCAGUUUUAUGCCUGGAAUGUCAGCAAUUUCAUAUAGUCUAUACUCAAAUUUCUUUAUUUCCAGAUUACUUCAUAAAUUUUUUUCAGUCCGGGUUCACAUAUUGCCAGUCGUUUUAUGUUGCUUUAGUAUUUUCAAUAUAAAAAGUUUCUCAGGCUUUUUCUUUCCUCCCUUCCUUUCAUUCUUCCAUAGCAUGGACUUUUAAAGAGUAAAGGUUAGAAUUUGUUUCACAUUUCAGGUUUGUGUGAUCGGUCUUCAUGGUCAACCCAAGCUUCCUCUAUAAAUUUGUAUACUUCUCGAUUCCUUUGUGGUUCUGCAACAUCAUUUUCUAAGUAGGAAAGUGUAAGACAAGUGGCACUUAGAGAUUUGAGUAGCUGCAAUCAUGUUGUAAACUCUAAUGCUGAAAAAGAAACUCUGCUUCACUGCCCAGAAACAGCAGCAUUAUAAACACAGAGAUCAGUCCUGGGUUGGUAGAUAAUU